AUGACUGCUCACGGUGUUGUGUAUUCCGAAGGCUCACUGCAUGGGUUACCCAGCUUUCCAGAUGAGUCGAAGCUCACAAAUUUGACUGCGCUGGUGACUGGAGCAAACGGAAUCUCAGGUUACCAUCUGGUCCGUGUUCUGGCUGCUAAUCCCAAACGAUGGAGUCAAAUAUUUUGCCUAUCUAGACGACCUCCGCCUGAUAAUUUCUUCGAGGAUUUGGGCGAGGGGGCGAAACGAGUCAAACACAUCGCAGUCGACUUUCUUUCCGAGCCAGCGCAGAUUGCAGAGCGACUGAAAGCAAACGUACAGAAAAUUGACCAUGUGUUUUUUUUCUCUUAUAUGCAGACACAACAAAAGGGUAGUGUUCUGGAGAUGUGGUCGGAUGCUAGUGCUUUGGCCGAAGUUAACUCCAAUCUUUUGAGCAACUUCCUCGGUGGCCUUAGACUGACAAGUCUCCAGCCUAAACGGUUCCUGCUUCAGACAGGAGCUAAAAAUUAUGGCUUUCACAUGGGCCCAGCCACUAACCCUUCGUUUGAGUCCGAUCCAAGAGUUACACUGGAAGAGAAUUUCUAUUAUCCACAGGAAGAUGCCUUGGCAAAGUAUUGCGAGGAGACUGGUGCUGCAUGGAAUGUAGUCCGCCCGUCAUAUAUUAUCGGCGCUGUUCGUGAUGGCGCAUUGAAUUUUAUGAUUGGGCUUGCUAUCUACGGGGCCAUUCAGAGCUACUUGAAAAAGCCUCUGGAUUUUCCUGGCGACUAUGCUGCCUGGGAUCGCGAAUUCUGUCAAAGCACUGCCUUACUAAAUGCCCACUUCGAAGAAUGGGCCGUCUUGACUGAUAAAGCAGCCAACGAGGCAUUCAACAUACAGGACGGACAGUCAUUUACUUGGGGGCGCUUCUGGCCAUACCUUGCAAGCUGGGUGACUACAUGUCGACAUGUGGAUACCCCCAGAGGAUAUGGGCCCGCUGGAACAACUCGUUCUACGUUCAGUCUCCUGGAGUGGUCUGGGAAGGCAGAAGUUCAACAGGCAUGGAAAAAGUUGUCGGAGGAUUAUGCACUUGUCCUCGAUCCAUUUGAUGAGCAAAAGCGUGCUCAGAUCUUUGGAAUGUCAGAUUCGGCUCUUCUCGGGGACUGGCCACUUUCCUUGAGCAUGCGAAAGGCUAGAAAACUAGGCUUCUUCGGAACUGCAGAUUCAUUUGAAACUGCCUUUGAAGCAAUACAGGAUUUGGCACGACUCAAGCUGGUGAUACCAACUGUUAUGAAGGAAUAUAGUGAGUAA